UUAGUCUAUUACUCCAUUUCAAACUGCAGAAUUACAAAACCUCCAAUUCCAGAAGUUCUUCAGAUCAGUCUCCUUUAGUCCAAGUCCGUCCACCAGACCUAACUCUGCAACCCUUAUAAGUUAUAACCCACUGUCAUGACCACCGAACCUCCACCAACCCCUUACGGCGCGAAAACCCCCAGCGAUGACCCCUAUUCAUACCCGCGCUCCUCAGUCCUCGCCACGCGAGCCCUCCUCUCCGAACCCUCCUCCACUGCUGAGCAGAAUAUCCCCUCCCUCUCGAACCCCCGCAGCACCCCUGAUACCAGCUCCUCCGGGAUAAUACCAUCCUCUGGCGCCAGAGACCCACUCACGGUACUCACGACGCAGCGGAAUGAGGGCCACAAUGGCGCACCAGAUACAGACAAGGCACCUGGCGUGAACGGCCCACCGUCCGCUGACCCAUGGCCGGACAGUACACGGCCUCCGCUGCCGAAACGGACCAGCUGGAACUACGAGAUUGCGGUGGCGGAGCGGGUGGCAUCGUCUCCCAAGACGCCGAAAUCCGCGGUAAGUGGUGGCGGAGGCUACUUCCAGGCUGUGGCGGAGAGAGCGGGUGGCGCGAUUCCGGAGCGGGGAAAAUAUGCGGAUGAGGGGGGAGGGGAGGGGAGAGAUCGGGAACCAGGGGUUGGGAGGCGGAUGAGUUGGGCCGAGCAGGAUCGGAGGAGGGAGAUGAUGGUGGCUGUGAUGGAGAGUCCCGGAGCAGGGUCGAGCGAGGAGAAAGCGGGGAUGGAAUGGGGGUAUGAGAGUUGUGGGGAGUGAGCAGGAUAGUGUGCUGGACACCUGACUGUCACCGGACGAUGGAAACACGAGCAGUUCACGGAGAAGUGACAAAAGGAGGAAGUGCGGGUGGCAUGAGGCCCAUUUGCGGCUGUUUAUUCCGGUACGGAACUACCUUGUGCUUUGAAAAGAGUCGGAGUCAUGGAUAUUGGGGUAUACACUUCUGAUUAACGAAUGUACUAGUAUGGAAUCCUUUGUUUCCUAAGGAGUGGCGACUAUGAAACACGA